AUGACCCCGACCCAGCGUCUGGUGCUCCUCUCCGCCCUCUUUGCCUACGCUUGCCACACCGGACGCAGUCUCCGUCAACAGCACAGUCUAUCCCAGCGCAGCAGCCCUCGUCUCCACUGGUCAAAUGUUCUGCGGGCCGCUCUCAAGUACACGUGGAUCGGGCAGCUCAUUGCCAGCUCCGAGUACCUCUUGUGUCUCCUGAAGCCGUUCCUGGCAGCGAGGAUCGGUCGGCUGGUACUAUGGACACCUCGUGGUUGCUGCACCAAUCGUCGCUACGGAGUCCACGAACGCCACCGACUCGACGUCUACGGGGUACAGGAAGGAGCUGUCAAGCCUGUGCUGGUCUUCAUCCAUGGGGGAGCGUGGUCCUAUGGCCACAAGUGGCAGUACGCUCUCGUGGGACAGUAUCUCGCCACGCAAGGGCUUUUGGUGGCUGUUGUGAACUACAGGACGUUUUCCCAUGGCUCCGUGGUGGAGAUGGUCGAGGACGUGGAGAAUGCCGUUUUCUGGGUUGCAGAGAACUGUCGUAAGCUUGGUGGUGAUCGCAAUAAGCUUUUCUUGAGCGGACACUCUUCGGGUGGACAUGUCGGAGCUUUGGCUUUGGUCAACUCAGCCCUCCGUCUUGCCAGCAAUGACACAAAGACUGCAAAGGAAAAGGAGCUGACGAGCUACGUGUGCGGAUUCAUUGGCCUCGCGGCGCCGUAUGACAUCUCUGAUCAUUACAUCUUCGAGAGCCAACGCAUCGUGGGACCGUUUAAUGGAGUGCAUGAAAUCUCAUCCAUGAAGCCUGCUAUGCUUGGCAUGGAUAAUUUCAAGAAAUACAGUCCGACAGCGCUCGUCGAAGAAGCCAGACACACAGCCUUUUCUCUUCCCCCGUUCUACCUCGUACAUGGAGGAAAUGACACGGUUGUUCCCCCGAGCUCGUCGAUAAAGCUUGCGGAUGCUCUGAGUAUAGCGGGUCAAACUGCUGAAUACUAUGAAGUGGGCGAUUGCACUCAUGAGGACGUGGUGUUUGCAAUAAUGGGGGAGAACGUAAACUGCCGCGCGGCUGUGGUCAAAACGCUGAAGCGAAUCAUGUUGGCAGAGCCGGUAGGUUCAGCAGAUGCGCUGCUCCCGGCUUUGACAUCACCGCUGCCGCUCCCACCGAAAACAUGA